AUGGUGGGCAGCUCAUGUUCCUGCCCGGCGCACUCUACCGUUGGACACACGCACAUCCACGGCCCGCACUGCUCGCACUCACGCCACGCUUCGGCAGCGCUGCCCAAGCCCGAGUACGCUUUCGAGAUGGCCACCAGCACCGUGCGUGUCGGUACAGGAGUGACUCAGGAAAUUGGCAUGGACCUUGCCAACCUGAAGUCCAAGCGCGUCAUGGUGUUCACAGACCCUAACAUCUUCAAGCUGCACCCACUCAAGGCAACAGUGUUCAAGGAUGUGCGCGUGGAGCCGUCCGACAAGAGUUUCAAAGAGGCAAUUGAUGCAGCGCGCAAGUACAACCCCGAUGCCAUCGUCGCGGUAGGCGGCGGGUCGACUAUUGACACGGCCAAGGCAGCAAAUCUGUACUCGGUGUUCAGAGACGCCGACUUCUUGGACUUCGUCAAUGCACCCAUUGGCAAGGGCAGAGCAGUAGACCGCCCACUGCUGCCACUCAUUGCGGUGCCGACCACAGCGGCGCGAAUCUUUGAUCUGAAAGAGAAGAAGGCAAAGACCGGAAUUGCCGACCGUGCACUGAAGCCGCUGCUUGGGCUCAUUGACCCGCUCAACACACGCAGCAUGCCCGCCCAGGUGCCAAUUCCCUACCACAUGCGGGGCGAGGCGCCAGCCAAUCCCCUACAGCGUCCUGCUUACCAGGGCUCGAACCCGAUCAGCGACAUCUGGUCGUCCAAGGCGCUGCGCAUGGUGGUGGAGGCCCUGCCACGCUCGGUUGCCAACCCCGACGAUCUUGAGGCCCAGGAGGCCAUGACGCUUGCUGCUGCCUAUGCCGGCAUCGGAUUCGGCAACGGCGGCGUCCACCUUAUGCACGGCUGCAGCUACGGCAUUUCCGGCCUGAACAAGUCCGUGGCGGUGACCAGCCCGGCGGUGGCCGAGUUCACCGGUGCCAUGUUCCCGGAGCGGCAUAUGGAAAUCGCACAAGUCCUUGGCGCCGACGUCACCAACGCCAAGCUUGAGGAUGCGGGCAAGAUCAUGGCUGAUGCGCUGCGUCGGUUCCUGCAAGGCCUGGGCGUGCCUAACGGUAUCUCGGCGUUUGGGUACUCGUCGUCAGACAUCGGUGCCUUGGUUGAGAGCAUUUUGCCGCAGCACCGCGUGCUGAAGCUGUCGCCGCGCCAGACCGGCGCUGAGCAGAUCGCUACGAUCCUCGAGAGAUCGCUCAAGAACUACUAA